CGUGAGGAGCGUUCCAUUCGGCCAGCGGUGGGCGGUUGCCACAGCUGGUUUAGGGCCCCGACUAUUGGGGCCCCUUGUCAAGAGGAGGCAGCCUCCGGGCUGGGGAGGAGAAGUCGCUGCCACCUCUGGCAGCUGACGCGGUCCCCUGGGAAGGUGCACUUCCUGCCCUCAGUUCCCGGCCGAGUUCGGUCUCCCGGGUUCAGGGCCCGGCUCCCUUUCCUGGUCUCUGGUCUCCCGCUGGGCCGGUUUAUCUGGAGGAGAUUGUUUUCCAGGGCUAGAAAUUGGACUUUUGAUGAUGUUUGACCCCGCGGCAGCAAUAGCAGACAUCGUGAUAUCAAAGCUGGGCUCAGCUUCUGUUUCUUGCCUCUUGUAAUCACAAAACCCAUUUUGGACCAGGAAUUCCAAUCAUGUCUGUGAUGGUGGUGAGAAAGAAGGUGACACGGAAGUGGGAGAAACUCCCAGGCAGGAACACCUUCUGCUGUGAUGGGCGAGUCAUGAUGGCCCGGCAAAAGGGCAUCUUCUAUUUGACCCUCUUCCUCAUCCUGGGGACAUGUACACUCUUCUUCGCCUUUGAAUGUCGCUACCUGGCUGUCCAGCUCUCUCCUGCCAUCCCUGUGUUUGCUGCCAUGCUCUUCCUUUUCUCCAUGGCUACACUGUUGAGGACCAGCUUCAGUGACCCUGGAGUGAUCCCUCGGGCCCUACCAGAUGAAGCAGCUUUCAUAGAAAUGGAGAUAGAAGCUACCAAUGGUGCAGUGCCCCAGGGCCAGCGACCACCUCCUCGUAUCAAGAAUUUCCAGAUCAACAACCAGAUUGUAAAGCUGAAAUACUGUUAUACAUGCAAGAUCUUCCGGCCUCCCCGGGCCUCCCAUUGCAGCAUCUGUGACAACUGUGUGGAGCGCUUCGACCAUCACUGCCCCUGGGUGGGGAAUUGUGUUGGAAAGAGGAACUACCGCUACUUCUACCUCUUUAUCCUAUCUCUCUCCCUCCUCACGAUUUAUGUGUUCGCCUUCAACAUCGUCUAUGUGGCUCUCAAAUCCUUGAAAAUUGGCUUCCUGGAGACGUUGAAAGAAACUCCUGGAACUGUCCUAGAAGUGCUUAUUUGCUUCUUCACACUGUGGUCCGUCGUGGGACUGACUGGAUUUCACACUUUCCUCGUGGCUCUCAACCAGACAACAAAUGAAGACAUCAAAGGCUCAUGGACAGGGAAGAAUCGUGUUCAGAAUCCCUAUAGCCAUGGCAACAUUGUGAAGAACUGCUGUGAAGUGCUGUGUGGUCCCUUGCCCCCCAGUGUGCUGGACCGAAGGGGUAUUUUGCCACUGGAGGAAAGUGGAAGCCGACCUCCCAGUACUCAAGAGACCAGUAGCAGCCUUUUGCCACAGAGCCCAGCCCCAACAGAACAUCUGAGCCCAAACGAGAUGCCGGAGGACACCAGCACUCCUGAAGAGAUGCCACCCCCGGAGCCCCCAGAGCCACCACAGGAGGUGACUGAAGCUGAGAAGUAGCCUAUCUAUGGAAGAGACUUUUGUUUGUGUUUAAUUAGGACUGUGAGAGAUUUAAGGGGAGAAGAUAAACCUGAGACAGAGAGCAAGUGAGCUGUCCCUUUUAUUGUUUUCCUUUGGUCUUUAUUCACCCAACUGCACACUGGCAUUUUCUUGCUGCAAGCUUUUUUUAAUUUCUGGACUCAAGGCAGUCACAGAAGAUGUCAGUCACCUCUGGUAACUGGACAAAUGGGUCUCUGGGGCCCCGGCACUGGCUUUCCAUGGCCUCAGCCACGGAGUCUCCUUGGACUCCCUUGUGUUUCCUCCAGAUCCCAGCUCUCCUGCUUGGGAUCAUUGGGCCAAUUCUGGGGUUAAAGGUUCUUGAGACCGGCUCAGAUCCUCUCAAGCUGCUGCAUGUCCUGAGUCCAGAGACAGUCACAGACAACCCUGACCAGGGAAUCCUAAUUAGAUCCUUGGGGCCUUCAGAAUUGAAGAGGCUAGAGAGUGGGCUGGGAGGAUGCUCCUGGCUACAAAGUGCCAACAUUGCCAGCAAAUCCUUUCAGGAACGGGGCAGGUAACUUCCACUUGUAUUUAUUCAUGUAGCUUCUCCUUUGUCUCCUGCCCACUCUCUAACACCCAGGCCCCACUCUUCCAGUUAGAUAUAUGUAAGUAGUUACUGUAGAGAUAACAAUUCACAUUUCUUGUAGACUGUCCGGAAACUUUUUAAUACCUGUGCCAUCCUUAGUAAGAAUUUAUGAGAUGCCAAUGGCAUGGCCCCGUGCACUCUUUGUCUCACCUCUCCUCCUUUCUCGUUAGCCCCUUUUGUUUUCCUUUUGACUCCUGCUCCCACUAGGAGCAGGAAGGGCAGUAAUAAAAGUCUGCACUUUGGUGGUUCCUUCUCCUCAGAGGAAGCCGGAGUGCUCACUUAAACACUACCCCCUCAGACUCCCUGUGUGAGGCCUGUAGAGGCCCUGAAUGCACAAAUGGGGAAACCAAGGCACAGAGAGGCUCUCCUCUCCUCUCCUCUCCCCCUAUGUCCCCUCAAAAAAGAAAAAAAAAGGAAAAAAAAGAAUAACCAGUACUUCCAUUAGGCCUCGGCUGAGUGAGGAGGGAAAGCCCAGCACUGCUGCCCUCCAGGGUAAACCCACUCCAAGGCCUUGGCCCACCUCGGGCUUGGUAACCACACGGGGGCUUCCUCCAAGCCCCGCUCUUCCAGCACUUCCACCGGCAGAGUCCCAGAGCCGCUUCAUCCUGGGGGUGGGCCAUGGCCCCCAGUCAGCUCUGCUCAGGACCUGCUCUAUUUCAGGGAAGAAGAUUUAUGUAUUAUAUGUGGCUAUAUUUCCUAAAGCACCUGUGUUUUUCUCUUUCUAAGCCAGGGUCCUGUCUGGAUGACUUACGGGGAGGGGGGGGAAGUGUAAACCAGAACUUUUAAUCUAUUUGAAGGUGAUUAAACUGUGUCUAAUGCAAA